AUGUCACAAUUAGAUAGAGAGGAACCAAACUAUUUUGGUGCAGGUCCUGCCCAAUUACCAACUAAUGUUUUACAAAAAGCUGCAUUAGAUUUGAUCAAUUAUAAUGAUUUAGGAUUAGGUAUCGGUGAAAUUUCUCAUCGUUCAAAGGAUGCUACUGAAGUUAUAAACAAUUCUAAGGAACAUUUACGUAAACUUUUAGCUGUUCCAGAGACUCAUGAAGUUUUCUUCAUGCAGGGUGGUGGUACUACCGGGUUCUCUUCUUUAGCUACUAAUUUGAUGACCGCUUACGUUGGUGCCACAGGUACUACAGCACCAGGUGGUUAUUUAGUUACUGGUUCUUGGUCCGAAAAAGCUGAACAAGAAGCCGCUAGAUUAAGAUUAUCUACAGAAAUCAUCUUCGACUCUAGAAAAUUCGAUGCUAAUGGUAAAUAUGGUAGUAUCCCAGAUGAAUCUCAAUGGUGUGAAAAUAUUAAAGGUAAGAAAUAUUCUUAUGUUUAUUUAUGUGAAAAUGAAACCGUACAUGGUGUUGAAUGGCCAACUUUACCAAAAUGUCUUGAAGAUCGUGAUGAUAUCGAAAUUGUUGCAGAUUUAUCCAGUGAUAUCUUAUCAAGAAAAGUUGAUAUUUCCAAAUAUGGUGUCAUAAUGGCUGGUGCUCAAAAGAAUAUUGGUUUAGCUGGGUUAACUUUAUACAUUAUUAAGAAAUCAAUCCUUGAAAAUAUUUCAAAUGCUGAAGCUAAUGAUGCACUAUUGGCUCAAUUGAAUGUACCUGUAACACCUAUUGCAUUUGAUUACCCAAUAGUAGUUAAGAAUAACUCUGCUUAUAACACUAUUCCAAUAUUUACCUUACACAUUAUGGAUUUAGUUUUCCAAAAUUUAUUGAAACAUGGUGGUGUUGAACAACAAGAGAAAGAAAAUGAUGAAAAGGCUAAAAUAUUGUAUACUGCAUUAGAUGCAUGUCCUGAUUUCUACAACAUGCCUGUUGAUCCAAAAUGUAGAUCAAAGAUGAAUGUUGUAUUUACAUUAAAGAAGGAAGGUCUUGAUGAUUUGUUUCUAAAGGAAGCUGCUGCUCUAAAAUUAACUGGUCUUAAGGGCCAUCGUUCAGUGGGUGGAUUCAGAGCUUCUAUUUACAAUGCUGUCAGUGUACAAAGUGUUGAUAAAUUGGCUAAAUUUGCAACCAAAUUCGCAAAGGAACACUCCAAUUAA